AUGUGCAACAUGAGAAGAGAACCGUACCUGCGACUGGCACCCAUCACAUCCUCCCCCCGUGAUCUAGACAAUAAAAGAAGCAACAGAGGUCGUAUUAUUUCACACUCCUUUCACACUCCCUCGAGAACUCAUCCGGUCAGGCUCAAGAUGCGCCCCGACAGACUCGUGGUGGCGCUGCUGGCGGUGUCCUGGGCAACAGGCGCCCACGCCAUGUUCGCCGCUACCGCCGCUGCCCUCGCGUUGGGCGGACUCGCAGCUCUUAAGGGCGCUGCUCUGGUCGGAAUCGCCGCCAGCCUCGGCCAAGGGCGACUCCUCGAGCGCUCGUACGCAGACGCUAACGCUUACGGUAGCGCGAUGUACGGCCUCAGCGACGACAGCUCGUUCAGGAGAUACUCGUCUUACCCGACUUACAGAUACGUUGCGUCCAGGCAGUACAGUUACCCGUACGCUGCCCGGCGCCGCCUUGGCCGCUCCGUGGAAGCAGAUACUACUGGCGAAGGCGAAAGGCUGUUGCUGUUCGCUGCAGGGCAUUUGGAUAUUAACGGCUGCAUUUUCAAACUGUUGUGUCACCUACAGGUGAAGGAGGAGUCGCAACGCACUCCUGACGAACACCUUCUUGUCUCUAUCUUCAGCUCCGAGUUGUUCUCCUCCUUCGGCACCGUCUUCGCCCGCGCCCUCGACGUUGGAAGGAAGGCUCAAGAUUCCUCCGAAUGCACGAGGACUUUUCCCAAUUGUCCUCUCGCGGAGACUGAUCUGGCCGACCUCCUGCAGCAGGCGUGGGGCUGUGGGCCCACGUCACAGUCCGUCACGUCAUUUGUCUAAUGCCUUAUGACGUGUCUUUCGUUGUCAUUGUCAUUUAUCUUUGUGGGAUUAUUCUUAUUCGCAUAUAGUUUGUUACAUACUUGGUUGUGUUAUUUGUUGAAACGUGAUUUUUGUUAUGGAGGGUCUCUUGUUGAUCUGUU